AUGGACAACGUAAAUAAUAUUAGAACACUGUGUGCAGAUAUGGUCCAAAGGGCUAACAGCGGGCAUCCGGGAGCACCCCUUGGACUAGCACCGUUUGUUUAUAUUCUGUAUACAGAGUUUAUCAACUUUGAUCCUGACGAUGAGAAGUGGAUAGGACGAGACAUAUUUCUGCUGUCGAAUGGCCAUGCUUGUGCUCUCCAGUAUGUCGUGAGCUAUCUCAUAGGACACCUGAAUAUGGAGGACCUGAUGAAUUUCCGGCAGAUUGGCGGAAGAACUCCUGGACACCCAGAGAGGAAGUAUCCAGGUGUUGAGUCGAGUACCGGGCCGUUAGGCCAGGGGCUAGCAAACGCCGUUGGCUUUGCAAUAUCACUGAAAAAGCUUGGGGAUCUGGGGCUCUUCAACCGUGUAUAUUGCGUGUUUGGGGACGGAUGCUACCAAGAAGGAAUGGGACAGGAGUCAUUUUCAUUGGCUGCAAACCUUAAGCUAGAUAACAUAGUCUUCAUAUAUGACUUUAACAAAACAACAAUAGACGGGCCGACAUCUCUUUCUAUGAAUGAGGAUGUUGCCCAGAGAUUCCUGAGCCUUGGAUUCGAGGUUGAUAUUGUUGAUGGAGAUGAUCUGGAUGGAAUAAGAAAGGCAUUAAGCAAAAAGGUUUCAAAACCAAUGGUCAUUAUUCUGGAAACAAUUAUUGGGCGUGGAAGCACUGUGGAGGGAAGCUGCAAGGCUCACGGGGCACCUCUUGGAGAGGAUGGAGUAAGAAGGCUUAAGGAGAAGUUUGGGAUUCCUGCUGUGGAUUUCUAUGUUUCUCCGUCGCUAAUGGAGAAGUUCAAGAUUCUUAACGAAAAAAAGCGGAGAAUAAGAACUGAAUGGGAUGUGAAGGGGAUCAAGGCCAUCACAGUCAGGGAAUGGACGGAUAUUCAGAGGAAGAUGGACUCGAUCUACAAAUCCACAUACAAGGCACAAGAUGCCCCAAAAGCCACCAGGAAACACUUUUCUGAAGCCUUGAAGGAUCUUAAGGAAGUAAGCUAUCUCAUUGGAGGAGCUGCAGAUUUGCAGUCUUCAGUGUUGACAAAGAUAGGGGGGGAUGACUUUAAUGCAGAAAAUCACAACGGAGGAUAUAUCAACUUUGGAAUCAGAGAGCAUUGCAUGUGCGGUGUCAUGAAUGGUAUUGCAUCCCACGGAUACUUUCUCCCAUACUCAGGAACCUUCCUAAACUUCAUUUCAUAUGGGUUUCCGUCUGUCAGGCUUGGAUGUAUGGACAACCUGAAUCUUUUCUACGUACUAACCCAUGAUUCCAUAGGUCUUGGAGAAGAUGGUCCAACACACCAGCCAAUUGAGGUUUUAUCCACUCUAAGAGCAACACCAAACCUUAUUACAAUGAGGCCAUGCGAUGGAACAGAAGUCAGAACUUCGCUGUAUACCGCGUUAACCAGGGAAGGUCCAAAGGCGGUGAUUUUGUCCAGGCAAAGUGUUCCCGAAAUUCCUCACACCGAUAUGGAAAAGGCCAGGAGAGGCGCAUAUUACCUUGUUGAGGUAGAAAACCCGGAUCUGAUAUUACUUUCAACGGGGUCCGAGGUCCAGAUAUGCUACGAAGUGGCCGAAGCCUUAUCUGACCUCAAAAUUUCGAUUGUAUCGUUCUUCUCUUGGGAGUUGUUUGAAGAACAAGGGGAGGAAUAUAAGAAGCAUAUUCUCAAAGACGUUCCAAAGGUCAGCAUUGAGGCCUUGAGUACAUUUGGUUGGACAAAAUACUCCGACAUGCAGAUAGGAAUGACCACCUUUGGGGCAAGUGGAGCAUGUAAGGAUGUUUACAACCACUUUGGAUUGAAUUGUAAGGAAAUCUCAAAAAAGAUAGUUAGUUUUCUCAAUAAACUUUCCAAAUGUUUAUAG